AUGUCCGUCAGUAGCAGCCUAGGUCUUAGCUGCCCACGAGGCGGCGAUUUCUACAUCUGCGAGGGCAAUACGACCGAGUUUCUGGGCUGCUGCGCUUCAAACCCAUGCGCCGAUGGCAGUGGAAAGUGCCCGACCAAGGACCUGAGAAUAUCCUCGUUUAACCCGGACAAAUACGCAAACAUUCCGCCUCAGGGAUGCGAUGAUCCGAGGCCGGCCAGCCAGUUCUUCUACACAUGUACCAACAACGUCCCGUUCAUCGGAUGCUGCGCCAAGAACCCUUGUCAAGAGCCCGAUGGCCUCUGCCCAACAGACCACCUCAUCGGGACGACUCUAAGCUCCGAUGCAGUCAACCGAACAAUAUUCACUCAAGAUUCUUCCUCUUCUUCGUCAGCCUCUCCUUCCAAUAACUCUUCAGGCAACGCUCUUUCCGCGGGAGCUAUCGCCGGUAUCGCCAUCGGGGCUGCUGUGGUCGUUGGCAUCAUCGUGACGGUAAUCUGGAGAUGUGGAUGGCAUGCUAGGAAGCGUAAUGAAAGACGGGAGCCUGCGUGGGAGCCUGCUGCUCAAAGUGCUCACCCGAGUCAUCAUCCGGACAUGGGCUACACGUCUCAUAGUCCGGCCCUGUACGAUCCAGCACGUGCAUCUCACAUCAGUUACGCAACAACCGCCGCCCCCAACUCGUACCCGUCCACAUCACCGCCGCAGUCACCCUACUUCCCCGUCAAGCACCCGGGCUCUCCAAUGUCAGUCGAUGAGCGUCAUCUCUCCACCUACACGGACAGCAACGUGAGCUCCCUCAGCGGCCACAACCCUCGGCACCUGAGCCAGUAUUCCGGUGUAGGAGUGGAUUUGCACCCGGUCAGCGAGCUGGACGGCAUGGAGCAACCAGCCCCUAGAGCCGAAUUAGGUGACGGAGCUCCUGCCAAUCUCUACGGCAAAGGGGGCGAUCGAUAG